AUGUCGCGCGCCGAGGCUUCUCUGGCCUCCGGCAGCGGCUUCGACGAGGAGCUCAGCCGCUUCCUGUCGGCUGCUCACGGCGAGAGCUUCGUGGAGCUACUGCGCAAGAAAUGCGCGAUCGGCAAAACCAUCAGCGAGUCGUUCACUUGUUCUGACGCCGAUGCGUUCACUUUCGCUCAAUCGCUAUCAUAUCGCAAACCAUGGCAGAUCGCCGUGGACGAGUUCGAGGUCAAGAUGCGCCGCAAUGGCGAUCGUCAGAGUGCGAGCUUGUACUGCAUAUUCCAUCAGCAGUUGUGCAAGGAUUGGCAGGUCCGUGAAUGUCUGUUGGACCGCAGCUUCCGCAUCUUCGAGAUCCUACCACAUCGCAAAACCUUGCUGCACCUGUCAGACCCCAAGACUGCGUGUCUAGUGCUGCUGUCCUUUUGUUUUGGCCUGGAUAAUGUGAUAUUCGUCGGACUGCACAACGUGCCUCACAGCAGCUGUUUACCCGGGCCGUACCUGGGCCUGCUUCAUCCGGGAUCUCGGGAAUCAUUUUUGGAUGCAACAUGUCACCUAGAGAAACUGCACCGUGACAAAUCACCUUCUGCUGGCAAUGAUGCUGAAGACGAUAGGCUGGAGUGCAAUGGGCGUUUGGCAGAGAUAUCGUAUUUGGCCUCCGAAUUCGACGAUCUGUUUGCCUACGUAUUGUGCGAGCCAGAAUGUUACAGCGCGUUCACUGAACCGCUACUGCGACGCAUGUACACCAAUAGGCUCUACGGAAGACUGGCGCUGUCGGUGUUCAUGCGUGGCUACCGCGAGCGCUACCGGGAGCAGCCGCUGGUUUCUAUUUUGAAGCGUUUCAACGAUCUGUUGCGCAUUGUUUGUCGGAUACUGAACGACGUUUACCACAAUCGCGGCGGCAGGGGCGCGUCGGACAACCGAAACUUCGGGACGAUGGCGGUCAUCACGCUGAUAUACUCAUACCUCUAUGCCAUACUGAGUAUCCCAGUCCGCCUCACUCCGUGGAACAAGACUGAAAAGGGGGAAGCAUGUACGUGUAAAAGUGUUGUUAGGAGUGAUGACGUGGACUCAGGAGCGCAGGUCCACGUCGCUGGCUCGUCACAUUCAAGCAACGCAGCCUCACCCACCGCCGCUAAUGACGCAUCAGCCGGUCUGCCAUCUCACCAUAAUGUUGGUCUCAUUGGUGCGGACUUCGCAUCAGCUGCAGCUGAUGCUGCGUGCGUUGAAAGCACACGCCGGAAGGAUGUGAUCAUGUCGCACGCCAUAGGUUUGCUGGGCGACGAUGUCACUUGGUUGCGCCGUUCGGAACGUUACGUGGACGUGAUCGACAACUACAAGCUGAGUUUGUGCUGGUACCGCCGUCCCAUGUACAGCAACUGUUUACACACGAACUUCAAGGUACUGUGUCCAUGGGCGAUAAUGUACCACCAAGCGUGCGUUGGACCCUGCGCAUCCGCGUGGCUGGAAUGGCAGGGGAAAUCGAUCGAAUCGUGGUCUUCAUUGCCGCUUUGGCGCAAUGCAGCCCCCGCAGACAGUAAGACUGCAAAGACGGGUGGUGAUUGCCUGCGUUGCCUCAAGCGCUUGGUAUGCUUGCGUGUUCGGGACUGCGUCUCCUUCAUCUUCGACCUCGAAACAGACAUUAAACGCACCAUACGAAGACACUACGGCGCCUAG